AUGGAUUUUCCGUUAAUUUCUUUUUUUUAUAAGUCAUUGAAUUAUUAUAAACAAUUACGUCUUUAUUUUAUAUUAAAUAACUAUUUUAAAUUACAUAAUAUAUUGUUUACCAAUUUGUAUAUACGAUUAUACCGCAAAAGAUUAUUGAGAAUAGAAGAUAAAAAUAUUCGUUUCUUUUCUAAUAGAUUAAAAAGAAAAAAUGACAAAUCGUUAGUAGUACGUUAUUUUAUGUAUAAUAUAUAUUUAUUUCUACGUUUCGAGAGUAAAAAUAAAAUAUGGAAUAAGCGUAAGAAAAAAUAUAUUUAUAUAAAUAAAUUUAAAGAUUGUGGAAAUCAAUAUAAUUUUGAUCCAUUCUAUCCUAUGACUACUUAUUUGUUAAGUGAGUUUAAUUUGCAACGUACAAAUAGAUUAAAUUUUGAUGUUACAAAAAAAAAAAUAGUAAAUUUAUCGUUUUUCGAUAAGAGAUUAGGAGUAGUUAAUUUUAAAUUUUUUAAUAGUUAUAUUUUUUCUUUAAUUUUGAGUGUUUAUAAAAAAACAAAUAAAAAAGAAUUCUUGUAUGCAUUAAGACAUAAUAAUUUAUUUUUUUAUAAUUUUUUACUUUUUAUUAAAAAAAGAAUUCAAUUAUUUAGAUAUUUAUUAUUAGAAUUAAAGAAAAAAUUACAAUGUUUUUUUUUUAUCUUUAAUACUUUUGAUUUGAAUAUGGAAAAUGAUAUUUUUUUUAAUUAUAUAAGGUAUAAGAAUCCUCUUUUAAUUUCAGAGUAUGAACGUAUAGUAAAAAAUGUUAAAUUAGAAAGAGAGAAAUAUGUUAAUUAUUAUGGGUUAUAUAGUAAAUAUAAAAAUUUUUAUAAGUUAUUAUUGGAUUUUUUAAAGAAACCCAAUAGAAAUUGUAUAAGUAGUAAUUUUAAAGUAACUAAAUCUUCCCACCGUUUACAUGUAAAUAGAUAUGAAAGAUUGUUAAAAAAAAUAGGAGGAAAGUAUGAAAGAUUAUUUAGAAGGUUUUUUAUUUUAAAGAAUAAAUCUUUUUAUGCAGAUGAGAAUAAAGAAUUGAUUUAUAUCAGUAUUUUAAAAUAUUUAAGUAUAUUUAAAUCUUUAUUUCGUUUUGAUUAUUUAAAUAAGUAUAAUAAUAGCAAAGCGGUAAUAUAUAUUAAAUCCACAAUAACAAAUGUGUUUUUAUAUUUUAUCUAUAAUAAUAAGUUAUUAUUUAAAAGAACAUGCGGAGAAUUAGAAGAUGUAAAAAAAAAAGAACGUCGUUUUUGGAGAAAUAUUUAUCCACUAGUGGAAACAUUAUUACCAUUUAUAAGUAAGAUGAAAUCUUUAUAUAAAUUCCCUUAUGUUUCUUUAUACAUAAAUGGUACUAGUUCCUUAUGCAGUCCUUUAAUUACACGCAUGCGUAAGUAUAAUAAAAAAUACCGAAGAUUAGUACGUUUUUUAUUUAACGAAUUAGAAUUUUUUAAUGAAAAGACGCUUGAAUUAAAAGAACGAUUUAAAGGAGCUUAUAUUUUAUAUCCAAUUUAUAGAAUAAAAUUUUUUGCAAUUUGCGAUGGUUUUAAUAGACUAAGUAAGGUUUUUUUUGCAAUUAAUAAGGUUAAAGAUCUAACAUCGUGGCCUUAUAAUGGUUGUUUUAAUAAAAAAAGAAAAAGAAAAAAAAAGAAAAAAAAAAAUGUUAGAUAG